AUGCUCGCAACAACUACAACUACCCUUUCUCUCUCUUCGAAACAAGACAUACAAACCGAGCUCAACUACUGGCGAGGCACAAACGAGCCGAUUAUUGUCGAUUUUGCUAAACCCGACGGAAAGCAGAAAUUCGCAGAGAUAGAAACGCAACAAGCGAAGCACCCGGUCCUCAUCCACGACAUCCGCGGAACAGAGGACCAGUACAACCUAGAAACACAUGGAUUCCAAUACUUCCACGACGAGGUCACCGAGCUCGACGACUGGACCGACGAGCAAAAGGUCACCGAUACCCUUAUCCCCAAGGCGGAGGAGCUCGUCCGUAAAUUAACCGGCGCCAAAGAAACAAUAACCUUCACCCACCGCAUCCGCUGCUUCUCCUCCGACGAAGCAAAACUAGCCGAUAACCGCGCCCCAGCGCACAGCGUCCACACAGACUUUACGGUCGCGGGUGCGCUGCGACAUCUUGAAACACUUGUCUCCGACCCAGAGCGCCUCAAGCAGCUGUUAAGUAGUCGAGUCAUGGUCGUCAAUGUCUGGAGACCGCUGAAGACUGUUCAUCGGGAUCCCCUCGCUGUCUGUGACUGGCGGUCUACCAACCCGCAGGAUAUCAUCCCCUUCCGACUGGUCCUCCCGCAGGGCUGGAACGAGCUGAGCAAGGUGCAAUACAACAAGGAUCACCGGUGGUAUUAUCUCAGCAAUCAGCAGCGUGAUGAGCCGCUGGUGUUUAAGCAGUUUGAUAGUGGGCGGGUGGAGGAGGGAGGAUGUACGCUGCCGCAUAGCGCAUUCGAGUAUCCUUCCAUGGUGGAUCAUGAGCCUCGGCAGAGCAUCGAGAUUAAGAUGUUUGCGUUUUUGUAG